AUGGCAAACAUCACCAUCAAAUUGACGGUCAAUGCCGGGAAAUCUAAUCUUCGAAAGACGACCAAAAAGACCAAAACACCCUCCACAUCUUCCACACCUACUUCGGCUCAUGAAACAGCUUCUGCACCUACUUCUCCUACCACUCCCGUGUUGAUCUCUACUGAUAGAACCCUCGUUGACCCAGCAUCACCAGUGGGUCAAGCGUUCUUCUUCAACUCUUCUCCUUCCGGAGGAGUACCGGCUCAUUUGAAACCCAACCAAGUAGUGGGACAAAUAGAGUUGAAUUGUACGAUAGACAGAGGUAGAGGAAUGCAUGAUCCGUGUACGAGUCUUUUUGCGGUGUUCGAGAAGUAUGUGCCACACUGCCACAUCAAUACCCAAAUGUCCUCACUUCCUAACUUACCUCACAUAGACGACGACGAUACAACCAACCAAUACUGUUGUCUUGAAUCCAACAUCCUGGUAAAACUCAGUACACCAAUGUCCUCAUCCUCUUCGAGCUCGUCAGAACCACAAGAUCCUGUGGAUCAGGCUUUGGAACUAGACUCUCUCGAUGUGGAAAGUUUGUUCAGGGCUUUGGAAGGUGUGGACAAGGCCAUACCCCACCUCUUACUCUCGGUAAAACCCAUCCUCUCACAUCUACAAGCAUCUUUCCUCCCUCCGACUUCGGCAUUAUCAGAAGAAGAUAGUGGAUUACAAACUCGGAAGAGCGUAGAACGAUACGUGGACCUUCUUGAUAAAAUUCAAUAUGUUCUCCGCCAGACAAUUUACUUCCUACGUCAAAAGAAAGUGUCACCAUCGACUCUGAGACCCCCACACCAAUUGCCUACACCUUAUGCGGCCUCAUUACCACCUGGUACCCUCUCUCCUGUACCACAAGCGUUAAAUCAGCUGAAUGAAUCGGAUGAACAAGUGGACCUCGGGCUAUAUGCUAGUAGGAUAGAGGCGCGGAUAUUGAAAGACAUCAUCGAUACUUUACGUGAUUGGAAGGAAGCUUCACAGGACGAUAUGGAUGUCGAUUCUUCUCAGGGUACUGUACAUGACCACGAACCAUAA